CUCUAAAAUUUCUAACAUCACAUCAUUCGCUCACUCGCUUAGCCUCAACAUCAUCAAUCAGACUUGCUCUUCGAGGUUACCCGUCAACAACCAGCUGCUCGAGUAUCUAUCCUAAUCCACCUUUAUCCGCUGGAUUAUUGAAGAAUUAUAAGUUCCCAGGGGCUGUGCACAAGCUGCAGUCCAAUCACAUUUUACGAUACGCUUCGAGCCUCAUCAGCAGGAAUUAAUUCCUUCAUCUCUCGUUGUUUGUAGUGUCGUGGUUCAUCGCUAAAACCCUAUGCUACCUUGAUUUACCCUGCUACUUUUCCCAUACUGAGCGAUUAAGCAGCUCGCAUUCCGAAAUUAAGCAAGAUUCGGAGUCUUCAAGUAACCACAAUCACUGCCUUACCUCAUGUCACUCGAAGGUAGAAUCAGCAAUCCUCGGAGUCCAGAACAGAGAAUGGAUUCUCACCAUCCUCGACAGCUGCGGAGUUAUGCUCACUAUAAUGAGGGUGGUCGAUCCCAUCCCGAUUCUAGGCCGAUGGAUGGCCGUGCAAACCUCCGCUCCUACCAACAAGAAGUGGAAAUCUCAUACGAUGAAAAGCCCAGGUGCCCUGAGGACAAUACCCCCACAGAGGGUGCUUAUGGUCAUUCAGAAGGUGACAAAUCAGAAAGCGGAAUAACGGAUGAGGGCAUCAAUCAGGGUCACAGAUCCAAGUCUAAUGGAGAUAUAUCCCAGGGCUUAAAUUUAGAUACCCCAAACAAUCCUGGGGCAGCUAGUGUGGGAGAUGCGACACAAAAUAUAUCGAAGGAUGAGCCCGAGCCAAACCUAACCAAUGAUCUGACGAGUGAAACACAGCAACCUGGGAAAGGGCUUAAUUCAAAUCACCACAGUUCUACUGAGAAAGAGUCUGGAAAUAUGGCUAAUUCCAAGGAUACCUUAUCUACAAAAGACCCAAACGAACUUCGUCAAAAGGUAUUAGAAUCACUGGCAGAGAAAAAGAAAAAAGCAGCUGUCUUCAUCACUCAAGAAAGUGAAGGGACAGGUAGAAAAGAGGCAUCGCCGGAAUCUAGAGUAGGACCCGUAGGAAUGAACACUACUGAAAUUGGGAGUGGUAAUGACAAAUCCCCAACAAGGGCAUCGGCAUCUAACCCUGAACGCGAGGCAGCUGUUAAUGCGCUGUUGGCUGAAGCAAUGGGGUCAUCCAAGACGGUCUCUGGCAAGGUGGAGAAGGUUCAGAAUGCAGGUGCAUCGACCACAGCUAAAAAUUCGGUCAAGUCACCCACAGAAGAGUCCUUUGAUCAAACUCGCCGCAGGAAAAAUUACCCUGAAGAGAUAAAGGCUAGUGGGAUGACCAGAGGACCUUCAGGCGAAUUCCAUGAAAAUACAUCGCCAAUUUACGACGAUCCUGAGACCUCACGUCGGAGUAGUUUUGCUGGGCAUCAUUCAUACCCACGCAAUGACAAACAGUCCCGCCCAAAGAGAUCCCCAGAGGAUUUGCCAAGACGAGAAGGAGCAUACAAGGAAGAUUACAGUCAUUCUUCUCGCCAAAAAAUAUCACCAACGUCUGCCUCUAGACAAGAGUUCCCUCGGGUCCAGCGUGCUUAUGAACACGAGGAGAGGGAUAGAAAUGAUGCUCGGCAGGAUGCACGGCAGGAUGCACGCCACCGAACUGAUAGAUUCGAGGAUCCUCCACCCUCCGCUAAAGAAUUUAGGCACCCCCCGGAGAAACCAGGUGCAAGUCGCAGAGGCGAUGGUGACUAUCGUGGGAAGUACUUGGAAGAGGAAAAACUCCGUACUAGGGAAGAGCCUUCAUCAUAUAGGUCCAUGGAUGUAGCCAGGGAGGAUGACCCAAGAGAUCCUUACCCGAGGUACUCUCGUCGCAUGGUGGAUCCCAAUUGGCAAGAUCAGGGCCCAGAUGCUCCUCCAUACCCAACUGGUCGAUAUCUUCCUCCUCGGGAUGAUCACCGCCUUCCUCCGAUAACUCGUCCUCCGGAGACGGAUUAUGCUGCUCUCUAUUAUAAAGAUCUAACUGAAUGGCUUGAGGUUACGGGUUAUCACGACCACCCAUAUCGUCAAAUGGUUUUGAGGCAUCAACGUGAUUUACGUGCAAUGGAAGACAGGAGAAUAGUUAUAGAGGAUGAGAGGGACAUCCCCAGAGUAUAUCCGGGAGUGCCACUUCGUGAAGACGUCGAUCCCAGAGAUCCAAGGAGGACUCGCGGACCACCCUCAUAUACAUUGAUGCCCUCUGAAAUGCCACCGCGGGAUGAGAGGGAUCCAUCUAGUCGUGUUCCGGAGAGCACAGCUCAUCGCUCAUCAUCUAGGGCUGCGUUAUAUCCGCCACUCCCAAGACUCGAUGAUAGGACUCGUUAUCAGGGUGAUUUGCGUAUUGCUUCGCCCCAGGGAGAGGCUGUGGGUCUCAAGAGGCGAGCCCCGUUCCGUGAUGAAUACGAUGAUGCAGGCCCUGUCGGGAAGUCGGCACGUGUCAAUUACGAGAACCAGCAUCGUUCUACAACUACUCUGAAAUCGGGCGAUUAUGUCAAUGCUGAACAAUCUGGCACUCAUAUGAAACAUCAUUCAGGCCAUACAGACCCCGUUGACCAUAGGCAUCCAUCCAGGCGUAUCACUAAAGCCCGGUUUGAAGACCCGGAGGAUGAUGCGGCUGGUGCCGUACGCCAGAGUUUAUCCAAGAGAAUAGCUACAGGUCGUGGGCGGGAGCAAUCGCCUCCUCCGCUUCCCCUAGAGGCAAGAGUGCGAGAGCGUAGUUUGAGCCCUCGCCACAGUUAUGAUAAUAAUGAUCGCAAGGAAGGGCAUAAACAGGGGCCACCAAACAAGCCCCACCGUGAUGGGGAUAAUGGCACUGCCUUUGUCCACCCCCAGCGCAAAGGGUUCGAGAAGGGACGUAGGACGCCGGAGCCAUCUGGGCCUAGAUACGAAAAAGACCUCCAAAAACCGGGCCGAUCGGUCUCAGGUAAAUUUACUCCGAGAGAAGACUUUAGGAAACCAUUCCCGGGUAGACGCAGUUCAUCCGAUGAUUAUCGCUCACCAGGAAAUACUUUACGCCGCGGCUCUAUAGACGAGCAUAAGAAGAGGCCGUUUGGACGUGGGCGUGGGCGUGGAUACACUAAGGAGUUUCAUCCCUCAACACGCCACAAUGGGAAACAGGAUUAUGGGGAUCCCAUGGACUUUGAGAAUAGGGUUGGACCUGUAAUUGACACAAGAGGUGCAGGUACCAGGUAUUUUGUGGUUAAGAGUUUCAACCACGAUAAUGUGAAAAUGGCCCAAAAAGACGAACUAUGGGCGACCCAGAAGAAAAACUCGGAAACGUUCGAAGAGGCCUUCAAGACUUCUCGCGACGUUAUCCUCGUUUUCUCAGUUAACAAGAGCGGGAAAUUCCAGGGCUAUGCUCGUAUGGAAUCUGCUCCUGGUACAGCGCCGGUACCAACAUGGGCCAAGAACCUUCUCUGGGAGUCUUCAGGCCCCUUCAGAAUUCGAUGGGUCACAAUCAAUGACAUCAACUUCCAUCGCGUGGCGCAUUUGACUAACCGUCUCAACGAAGACCAGCCAGUCCUCAUCGGCCGUGACGGGCAGGAAAUCGACCCGGAGUGUGGUGCAGCUCUCUGUAGACUUAUCGACGAGAGCGCAAACUUUCACAGAAUCUACAACGAGAAUGGGGGCAAAUAAAUAACAACCUAUAUGAACAGGAGAAAGUGCAUGGAGUACGGUACCCCACAAAAAAGGGGAUGAAAAAACGAAGAAAAAACGAAGAAAAAAAGAAAGGGGAAUCAAAGUAUAAUCUGGGGGAAGGUCAUUGUUAAAGUUUCCACAAAACUUGUUACACGUUUACACCCAGAGGGAAGAAGGGGAGGGAAGAGAAGAGACAAGAUAAUGAACCAAAUUGUCUGGUCAUUUGGCUGUUUUGCUAUCAUUAUAAAUCGUGGAUUAAGCUUAUUGAGUCGAGUCGAAAGCUGUAUUUUUUACGUUCGUGUGAAACAGAGAAGAAGCGACAAGAAAGGAAAUUACGGUACUUUUCGUCCCGUCUCAGCUAGUCUUGAUCUAGGGUCUUUUCCUUUGCUUGUCUCUUUCCUAACUUUUCCUUCUCGCUUGCUUGUCGGACUUUCGCACCCUUGAUUUGUCGGUGGGUGAUGGCGGGCAGGGGGAAUUCAAGCUAUUUUAUUUUACUUUACAGGUGUUAAUCAUUUACUUUUUUACUUUUUAUUAACUCUCGCUUUCUUUCCUUUCCUUCUUGAAUUUAACUUACAUCCUUCGCCA